CCAGGUUAUAAACUAAGCUAGAAAAUGCUGCUUGAGACACCGGUGCUGCUGGCAGCUGGACAGCAUCCCGACCGAGACGCUACAAUGGCUCGCGAGCAUAUCCACACCCACGCCGUCCGGCAUGCGGUUUGGGCAGAAGGGCAAGGAGGCGUCAAUGAGCAAGUACCGCUCCGUUGGGCAGCGGCAUGUGGGCUUUUGCUUGCGUGCAUGCUGGAUCGGCCGCGACGCAGCAUUCGGGCGGUGGGCCGUCCGCUUCACCGAUGCGCAGUGGGGUUUACUGCAGGAUGUGGUAUACGAGCUGGACGACGAGAGGGCGGCCGGCAGGGGUCGGGCGAGGGGAAAUCGGCGCCAGGGCGACAGCGACGGCGACGGUAAGGGCGACGGCGACGACGAAAAAGGGGAGGACGAGGAUGAUGAGGGCGGUAUCGCUGCCACUGCCACGGCUGGCUCCCCCAACCCCGCGCUCGUUUUGAGAGUGUAG